CACAUCUUUCCAUCACACCCCAACCCUUCAGUCUCUGUCUCUGUACUUCAGCCAUGGCAGCAACGGCAUCAAAAACCCCGAGCUCGCUCAUGCUGCGAAACACAUCCAGGAAACAAUCUUUUCUCAAACCCGAACCCAUUUCUGUCACACUGACGGCGAUCAGAUCGACCAAACCCAUCUCAAUCUCAUGCUCGGCUACGGCGGCGAGUGCUACCCAAAUCCAAGAUCGACCCCCGUUCCAGAACGAGCAGCAAGAUCGGGUCUUUAAUUUUGCGCCGGGACCUGCCACCUUGCCAGAGAACGUCCUCCUCAAUGCGCAGUCGGAGCUGUACAUCUGGCGUGGAUCCGGUAUGAGCGUCAUGGAAAUGAGCCACCGUGGGAAGGAUUUUCUAUCUAUUAUCCGGAAAGCUGAGGCGGAUCUCCGUGCGCUUCUAAAAAUUCCGGAGAAUUACGCCGUUUUGUUCCUCCAGGGCGGUGCUACCUCACAGUUCGCUGCUGUUCCGUUGAAUUUGUGUCAGGUCGAUGAUACGGUUGAUUAUGUGGUUACUGGGUCAUGGGGUGAUAAGGCUUUCAAGGAAGCACAGAAGUAUUGCAAGCCCAAACUCAUUUGGUCUGGCAAAUCUGAGAAAUACGUAAACAUUCCUGCCUUUGAGGGUUUGGUGCAGAGCCCAGAUGCCAAGUAUUUACAUAUAUGCACCAAUGAGACUAUUCAUGGGGUGGAGUUUAAGAAUUACCCUGUUCCCAAGAAUCCGAAUGGAGUUCUCGUAGCUGAUAUGUCUUCCAACUUCUGUUCAAAGCCUGUUGAUGUUAGCAAAUUUGGGGUGAUCUAUGCUGGUGCUCAGAAGAAUGUAGGACCAUCUGGGGUCACUAUUGUCAUAAUCAGGAAGGAUCUGAUCGGAAAUGCCCAAGAUAUCACUCCUGUGAUGUUUGAUUACAAAAUCCAUGCCGAGAACAAUUCCUUGUACAACACCCCUCCUUGCUAUGGGAUUUACAUGUGCGGCUUGGUCUUUGAAGAUCUUCUGGAGCAGGGAGGAUUGGAGGAGGUUGAGAAGAAGAACAAGAAGAAAGCAGAGUUAUUGUACAAUGCAAUUGAUGAGAGCAAGGGAUUCUACCGGUGUCCUGUUGAGAAAUCAGUGAGGUCAUUGAUGAAUGUUCCAUUCACAUUGGAGAAAUCAGAGUUGGAGGCAGAGUUUAUAAAGGAAGCUGCCAAGGAGAAAAUGGUUCAGCUUAAGGGACAUAGGUCAGUGGGAGGGAUGAGGGCUUCCAUCUACAAUGCCAUGCCUUUGGCCGGAGUGGAGAAGUUGGUUUCUUUCAUGAAGGAUUUCCAGGCAAGGCAUGCUUGAACUUGACUUUCAUCUCUGAUGCCAGCCUUAAUUUUGAAGUCUGUUCUAUUGCAAUUACAUAAGGUGGUGUGUAGCAUAGUGUUUUGUUUGUAUGCUUUUGAAUUAUGUUUUGUUCUGCUCUUCCUCUUGGGGAAGGUGAUGAAGAUGUUAUUAGUUUCAAUCAAGAAAAUUUAAGGUUUUAGAUAAAAGUGAUGGUUUUAGAUAAAAGUGAUGGUUUUAGCUAAUAAUAAUCUAUUAUUAAAUUCUUCGAUAUGCUUUGUUUGAUACUUUGUUGAAAAUCUAAUAAAAGCAAUGUGUUUGG